UUUGACGUGUGAAGCCUCUUCGAGAGCAACAAGAAAGUGUCUUUAAAUUGUUACAAUAUUAUAUAUUAAUUAAAUCAGUUAAUAAAGUUAUUUGUGACGCCAAAUAUGGCGGGAUCAAUAGAAAUACCACUUCGUGAUACAGAUGAGGUGAUUGAACUUUAUCUGGAACAACUACCUGAGGGCGAUGAAGUACUUAGUAUAUUACGUUCAGAACAUGCCCAACUUAAUAUCUGGGUCAAUUUGGCAUUGGAAUAUUACAAACAAAAUAAAAUUGAGGAUUUCAUUAAAAUCCUUGAAUCAUCUCGUCUUGAUGCUAAUAUUGAAUAUCGUGAUUAUGAAAAAGAUCAAAUGCGUGCAUUGGAUAUGUUGGCAGCAUACUAUGUUCAAGAAGCUAAUCGUGAAAAGAAUAAAGAUAAAAAAAGAGAUUUAUUUACAAAAGCAACAUUACUUUAUACAACAGCUGAUAAAAUUAUUAUGUAUGAUCAAAAUCAUUUACUUGGUCGUGCAUAUUUUUGUCUUCUUGAAGGUGACAAAAUGGAUCAAGCUGAUGCACAAUUUAAUUUUGUCUUGAAUCAAUCACCAAAUAAUAUUCCAUCACUUCUUGGUAAAGCAUGUAUUGCAUUUAAUAAAAAAGACUAUCGUGCUGCACUGGCAUUUUAUAAAAAAGCAUUAAGAACAAAUCCAAAUUGUCCAGCUGCUGUUAGACUUGGUAUGGGACACUGUUUUAUGAAAUUAAAUAAUCAAGAUAAAGCUAAACUUGCAUUUGAACGUGCACUACAACUUGAUAGCCAGUGUGUUGGAGCUUUGGUUGGUUUGUCAAUAUUAAAAUUGAAUGAACAAAAACCAGAUACAAUUAGAACUGGUGUACAAAUGUUAUCAAAAGCCUACACAAUUGACUCGACAAAUCCAAUGGUACUCAAUCAUUUGGCAAAUCAUUUUUUCUUUAAAAAAGAUUAUAAUAAAGUACAACAUUUGGCACUUCAUGCAUUUCAUAAUACAGAAAAUGAAGCAAUGCGAGCUGAGAGUUGUUAUCAGCUUGCUCGUGCAUUUCAUGUACAAAUUGAUUAUGAUCAGGCAUUUCAAUAUUAUUAUCAAGCUACUCAAUUUGCACCAGCAGCAUUUGUUUUACCCCACUUUGGCCUUGGUCAAAUGUAUGUCUAUCGUGGUGAUUCAGAAAAUGCUGCUGGUUGCUUUGAGAAAGUAUUAAAAGCUCAACCUGGUAAUUAUGAAACAAUGAAAAUACUUGGCUCAUUGUAUGCCAAUUCAUCGUCACAGUCAAAAAGAGAUAUUGCCAAAAGCCAUUUGAGAAAAGUAACUGAACAAUUUCCAGAUGACGUUGAGGCCUGGAUUGAAUUAGCACAAAUUCUUGAACAAAGUGAUUUAACUGGAGCAUUAAAUGCCUAUAAUACAGCAAUUAAAAUAUUAAAAGACACAGUUCAAGCUGAUAUACCAUCUGAAAUAUUAAAUAAUGUUGGUGCUUUGCAUUAUCGUCUUAAUAAUCUUGAAGAGGCAAAAAAAAACUUUGAAGAUUCAUUGGCUCAUUCAAAGCUAAGUGCUCAAGAUGAUCCAGCAUAUUACAAUUCAAUAGCUGUUACCACAACAUAUAAUCUUGCACGUUUGAGUGAAUCACUUUGUGUGUUUGAUCGUGCUGAAGAAUUAUACAAAGACAUAUUAAAAGAACAUCCAAAUUAUGUUGAUUGUUAUUUACGACUUGGCUGUAUGGAAAAAGACAAAGGACAAAUUUACAAAGCAUCUGAUUGGUUUAAAGAUGCACUACGAAUAAAUCAUGAACAUCCUGAUGCUUGGUCACUUCUUGGUAAUCUUCAUUUGGCUAAAAUGGAAUGGGGACCUGGACAAAAAAAAUUUGAAAGAAUUCUCAAGAAUCCAGCAACAAGUAAUGAUGCCUAUUCAUUAAUAGCACUUGGUAAUAUUUGGCUACAAACUCUUCAUCAAAGUGGCAGAGACAAAGAACGUGAAAAACGUCAUCAAGAUCGUGCAUUGGCCAUGUACAAACAAGUAUUACGCAAUGAUCCAAAAAAUAUUUGGGCAGCAAAUGGUAUUGGUGCUGUUCUUGCUCACAAGGGUUGUAUCAAUGAGGCACGUGAUAUAUUUGCACAAGUACGUGAAGCCACUGCUGACUUUUGUGAUGUUUGGCUUAAUAUUGCACAUAUUUAUGUUGAACAAAAGCAAUAUGUUAGCGCCAUUCAAAUGUAUGAAAAUUGUUUGAGAAAGUUUUAUCGUUAUCAUAAUUUGGAAAUUCUUCAAUAUCUUGCACGAGCAUAUUUUAAAGCUGGAAAAUUAAAAGAUGCUAAAAUGACAUUACUCAAGGCAAGAAGAGUUGCACCUCAAGAUACCAUAAUUUUGUAUAAUAUUGCACUGGUAUUACAACGUCUUGCUACACAAAUUCUUAAAGAUGAAAAAUCAACAUUAACAAUUGUACUUCAAGCUGUAAAUGAAUUGGGUCUUUCACAUAAAUACUUUCAAUAUUUAGCAACUCAUGGUGAUAGAAUGGAAAUACUUGCUGCAAAUGAGGCACAAAUUUGUCAAGAUUUAUUAUCACAAGCACAGUAUCAUGUUGCAAGAGCAAGAAGAAUUGAUGAAGAAGAAAAAUUAUUGAAACAAAAACAAGAAGAUGAAAGAAGACGUUUGAAGGAAGAACAAAAUCGUGAAUUAAGUUUAAUUGAAGAAAAACGACGUAAAGAAAUAGAAUCAAUGCUACAAAAACGACAAGAAUUUGUUGAAAAAACUAAAAAUGCAGUGGUAUUUGGUGAUAUGCCAUCUGAAAAAUCAGGUAAAAAAGGUAAAAGAGGACGUAGUGAUCAGUAUGUCAGUGAUUCUGGUGGAUCUGGUGGUGAUGAACGUCGUGAAGAUGCAGCACCAAGAGAAAAAAGUCGUAAAAGAAAAGCAAGUGGUGAUGCUAAAAGUCGUAGACGUAGUAAAAAAAGUAACCAUGACAGUGGUGGUUCAGGUAGUGAUAGACCAAAAGCUAAACGUGGCAGAAAACCAGGUGGUGGUGGUCGUAGUGGUAGUAGUAAAAAAAGAAAAGACACAAGACCAGCACCAGAAGUUACUAGAAGUAAUUCCAAAUUUUUAUCAAAAGAAACAAUAUCAACAAGUGAAUCAGACAGUGAUAAUGGUGGCAAAGCAAGUACAAGUAAAGGAUCUCGUGGUGGUGUUAAACAUUCAGAUGGUUCAAGAGCAUCAUCACGUGACAGAAGUCGUUCAAGAUCUGGAAGUAGAUCAUCACGUUCAAGAUCUGGAAGUAGAUCUUCACGUUCAAAAUCAGGAAGUCGUUCACGUUCACGUUCGCAUUCAGGCAGUCGAUCAAAAUCUGGUUCUCGUUCACGAUCUGGAUCAAGAUCACACAAUUCACGUUCACGUUCACAAUCACGUUCAAGAUCAAGAUCAAAGUCUGGAUCACGUUCACGUUCACAUUCUGGUUCACGUUCACGUUCUGUAUCAAGAUCUCAUGGCUCUCGUUCACGAUCAAAAUCAGCAAGUCGUUCAAAGAGUCCAUCAAAAUCACGCAGUAGAUCUAGAAGUGGCUCAAGAAAAUCUCGUAGUCCAAGUGGUUCAAGAAAAUCACAAUCUCCUUCAAAGAGUCCCUCAAAAUCACCAUAAUAACAAAAUAAAAAAAAUAAAUGUAUAUAUUUUAUUAGGUUUAUGGAAUAACAACAUCAUCAUCAUUAGACAUAUUUGUAUAAUCGUUAAACAAAACAAAACAAAUUGAUGAAGAUUAUUAUUAUUUAUUUAUUGAUUGAUAAUUAAUAAUUAAAAUAAUAAUUAUAUUACAAUUAUUCUUUUUUCAUUAAAAUAAUAACAACAACAACAACAACAACAACGUGACAAUGGACCAAUUGAAAAACAAUUUAAAAAACAAACAACAAGUGAGUUUAAAAUUAUAAUUUAUCAAAUGGAUUUAUUUUCAACGAAAAAAAAUAAUAAAAUCUUCCAAAUUAUUCAAAAUUAAAA